GUAUAUCUCAUAAUGAACCGUGUUUUCUCGUAAUAGCAGCGUUUAGAGUCAGGUUGAGCGCGAACCAUGCGUACACUAGCUCGCUGUAACACUCCAGUUACAAUGGCACAGAAGCGGGAGGUUGUGCAAUAAUAGCGCAUAGAUGCAUUUUAGCACUAACACCAUCUUAAUAACGCUUACAUUUACUGUUUUAACAUUAACAAACAUCGUAUUGUGUUUGGUUCUGUUUCGCUUUCGUGAUUGUCAAUGGAGACACAUAAACGAGCAGAGUGUGUGUAUUGUACUGUACUGUAAAGACACGUCCUUGAAUAAGAUUAGCAAAGAACUGAGCUAAACAAAACAGCUGGAAAAUAUAUUUUAGUCAGUGGAGGUGACAGUUUUGUAGCUGCCUGAAAGGGCAAAGACUAUGACCCCGUGUGUAGUAAACGACAGUAAGAUAGUUUGAUGGGAGGUAGACCAGGGCUGCACAAUAAAAAAAUAAAAAAUAAAUUAAUUAAAAAAUCACAUAUAAACGCUAAAUAUAUGAUAACCUUAUAAUAACCUUAUAAUAACUGAUGUUACAGAAAUUUCUUAUACAGAAUAUCAUGAAAUUGUGAUUUGAAAUCGUUAAAAAAGGCACUAUUUAACUUGUAAAUUAAGGGGUGUGAGCCACUGUAAUGUAGUUGAAAACUAUUAAGAAAGUCAGAUGGGCAAAUUCUGACUGAAAUAUUCAAUUUGAAACUAAAACUACAAAAGUCACAUGCAUUUCCCUAUGUUUUUGUUCAUCACAUGAUUAAAAUGUCCAUAUUACGCAAUAAAUGACUCUUGAUCUAUGUUAGAAUACUGUUACUCCUCAGAAACAUACCUGGAGUUAUGUUUUGUUUCAUUCAUUAAUGUUUGAAUAACCAUUUAAUAUUAGCAUGUUUACAGCUCCAGAGCUCAGUAUGCUCUGUUCCACCUUGUAAUGUCAUGAAAAGGUGGUUUUCAAGUUAACAGCUACUUGUUAUCUUUCGUUCAGUAGAGAUUGGCAAUUCCAAGUCUGAAAUUAUCCAAAUGCCUCGAGUGACGGUGUAUGGAGUUUAAAAACACAGUGGAGCACUUCCUGUGUUACUACAUGACAUCGCAAGGUGAACCUAAGUGUUUUCUGCUUGACAGAAGAAUUGAUUUUAAAUAUGCAGUGUUUUAGUGUUUAACGUGUGAAUGAAACAACACACAACUCCAGGUCUGUUUGUGAUGCGGAAACAACAUUAGAACAUAGAUCAGAAAAUAGUGUCAUAUGAGCGUGUUAAAUUGCAGGGUUAGCAGGUUUUGUAUUUGUGUCAAUAAUUUAUACUGAGACACUAAUACUAAAACUAUUGAAACUAGUUAGCCUGCUAUCAUAAUCUGAGGUAACAAAACUGAAAAUAUAUAUGUAUACUUAGGGCAAAAUUGAACUACGCUUAAAUAGUUUUGGUUUGAAAAUACAAAUUUUGGACAAUUUAAUUUUUAUAUAUCAUAACAACACUGUUUCAUGCCAAAUACAUUUCUAAUUUGCUCUAAAGUUGUCAAAAGUAUCAAAAAUCAGAUACUAGUUGAUAGUAAAACCAGUAUUGAAACUACAUACUCAAGAUCACAUGAUCAAAUAAAAAAGUCCCAUUCACAGGACAGAAGUUAGCCUUUAGUGAAUACUUUAGAAUGAUCUGGAGCUGUAUCAGAAGUAUAAGAGCACAUCUAUAGGAAUCUCCCACAAAUGAUGGAACCUACCUGGACAACACAGAUAUAAGGUCAAAUAGUAAUAUAAAAGAAAGUACACGAUUUAAUGGUGAAAAUAAUAAUCAGAGUCCUUUUCUAUUAAAUCUUUUUUUUUUUUGACAUUAUGACAACACUGCUUCUUAUUACAUUAUAUUUGAAACAUCACAUAUUGCAGACAUAUUCUUCACUGUACAUUCAUCAAAUCAAACCAGUGCAUGCAUGUUCUGUAUUGUACAGCCCUAGUGGGAGGAGUUGCAGGCAGUUUUAGUGGGAAUGAGGCAAUAUAUUCUGGAAUAAUGGUGAUUUAUCCCCAGAGUUCCCAGAAUCCAUGCCAAGCUGCAUGGAGGUGGACAAAAAAGGUUACCCUAAAUUUGUCCACUCUCCGCGCUUAACAAAGUGGAGCUUGUGGAAUGGCAGUUGGAUAUCCUCUUGACACGGUUAAGGUGCGUCUUCAAACUCAGAAACAGUUCACCGGGAUAUGGCAAUGUGCUACUACCACAUUUUCAAAGGAAGGGGUGUCCGGGUUCUUUAAAGGCAUGGCUCUGCCUGUGACCACCAUUGCUAUGACCUCCUCCGUAACAUUUGGGGUGUACAGGAACUUCCUCCACUGCCUGAGCCAACUGAGAGGGGGAGGAGCUAACACCAGACUGGACGUGGCACUGGCUGGCAUGGCUGGAGGCAUCGCCCAGACUUCAGUUAUGUCUCCGGGUGAUUUGGUGAAGGUCCGUCUCCAGUGUCAAACAGAGUGCAAACGCGGGGGUCCGGUUAAACCCAAAUACAGGGGUCCCAUCCACUGUCUCCUCAGCAUCAUGAAGGAGGAGGGGGUCAGGGGCCUGUACAGAGGAGCACUGCCCUUAAUGCUACGGGACGGACCCUCUUAUGCCACGUACUUCACUGUGUACGCCUCCAUCUGUGACGCGCUCGCCGACAAAGACAAGGCCAGACCAGACUGGGGUGUGGUGAUGCUCGCUGGGGGAGUAGCCGGUGCCUCCGCCUGGGCUGUUGGUACCCCCAUGGACGUGAUCAAAGCUCGAAUCCAGAUGGACGGAGCUCGAGACGUGAAACAGUACCGGGGUCUGCUCCACUGCAUCAGAGAGACCGUCCGCACAGAGGGGGCCAGGGUCUUCUAUCGCAGUCUAUGGAUCAACUGCCUGCGCGCCUUCCCCUCCAACAUGGUGGUGUUCAUGACCUAUGAACUCUUAACCGACUUCCUGCGAGUGAGGACGCAAUCGGAUGACAUGCCCUACGUGGUAAUGGACUAAAAAUACACGCACAUAUAGUUUUUCUUAUUCAUUCAUGUGAAAAGAAAUGUUGCAGGAACAAUACGAAACAAAAUAUUCUAUCUUAGGACUGGUGAUAAGUACUCAAAAUAGCGGCUAUAAACAGGAAGUUGAAUGGUCACUAACUUAAUUAUAUUUACAUCAAUUUUUUCUUAUUUAUUCAUCCAUAACUGUGAAAAGAAAAGUUGCAAGAGUAAAACAAAACAAAAUAUUCAGUUUUAUUAAUGGUGAAAAAUACUCAGAAGUUGAAACAAUGGCCACAUCUCUAACUACUGAAACUGUAACUUUACAUUUAUAGCCCUAUACACACGGGAUUAGUAUUACCUGUGGACCUUUGGUGAUUUGUAAUAAUGUGGAGGAUGCCUGAGAUCUUAAUCUCGUGCAAAUGAGCCAUGUUUGUAAUUUUUAAAGUAAAAAUUCCAUCGCAAAUUACCUACUAUAUUUCGCCAAGCGCACACAUUCGGUGAUAACACUAGUCCUGUGAGAAUCUGGAUCUUAGUGUUUGUUGUUGUAAUUGCGUGCCUUUUCUAUCUCAUUCUUUUCUUCCUGCGAUCUUUUCUCUUUCAAUCUCAAUCAGUGUCAGUAAAAUAGAGUAAUUUAUGGACUUGGCUUAUCCCGUGCCAAUUCUCUGCAAGUAACACAGAGGUGGGGCAGUAAUUUGCAAAUUACCAGAUGUCCCAAGGUAUCUCGUGCAAAUAGGGCUAAAGUUUGUAUUAUUUAUCCGUGGUUGUGAUACAAAUUCAGCAUUGUUGACAGGGCAAUUAACAAAACAAAAAUAUUUUAUAGUGAAUGGUAGAGAUGGGAUGAGAUACAAUUUCCACAAGAUGAAACAAGACGAGAUUUGAACAUAAUUCCUAAUAUAUAAAGUGUGCAAUAAUGUUUCCAAAUUGAACUUACAAUUUUGGAUUCAUUUAAUUUAAUAUUUUUGUUGCCAUAAUAGCACUACUGUUUGGAACUAUAAUCUAAGAUGUAAUUCACCGAUGCGUGGCUCCUUUUUACUCAAUUUAAAUUUAAAAUACAUGAGGGCAAAUUCUCACGAGAUUUUGUGACACGAGAUCUUCCCUCAUGAAUGGUGAAAAGUACUCAAAAUGGUGCCUAUCACCAUAUCACCAACAUAUCAUUUUUAUGUUAGUUAAAAUACAAAAUGUCAUUAAUAUUUCAGUAAAAUAAUGUCAGUUUUUUUAUUAAUUCAAAAAUAACCCUAAAACCAAAAAUACUCAUAAUCUCACUAAAAUAUCAAACUGUACUUUUGAUAAAAUAAUGGCUGGGAAUUAUUAGAAAAAAAUGCCUUCUCAUGUUAUCAUCCAAAUAUUGAUUUUAAUGCUGUAUGAAUUUGCUUUCCAUAUCAGUACUGUUAAUAGACCAGACAUGCUUUUAAUUAACUACCAUUUUGCUGAAAAAAGAGUGAAAUGGUUUCUUGAACUAUCUCAGUUACCAUAUCAUGUUACAUUGUUUAAAAGGUGCUGGUUGAAAUGGAACAGUAAAGAUAUUGUUCUCGUUUGUAUUCGAGAAUAAUCCUGCAGUUAGCGCAAUGUCUUCCUUUUACCACAAGAGGGCCUCAGCGGACUGUUCAUAGUGUUGACAUUUUCUACAGGCCUUUAUUAAUAUGCACCAAAACUGUUCAAAUGUGCUGCUGUAGAUCAUUCUCUGCAAAAAUGACUUGAAUUCAUAUUUUUGUAGGACUGUUACAGUUUUGUAAAGAUACCGGUAGGUGUAGUUAAAGGUGCAUUGUGUAACUUUUCUGGUGGAGGGUCCGUCAGAUGUGUUUUCUUCAUGGAGAUGGAGAGACAGUAUGGCAUUAAACUUUUCAAUCUUCAUGGAGAUCAAACCAAACCAAGUUACAGGUCAGAUCUAUGGACAGGCAGCACUGUUCAAAGUCAGAAUCUGUUUUUCUAGGUAUUUUUGAGCAGUAAAACCACCUGUAGUUAAAUAAACAUGAGGCAGAGCUGUUAAACGUUAUACUGUUGAUGGACGCCCAACCAAAAAGUUACACAGUGCACCUUUAUAAUUUAGGAUAGGUCUAAUUUAGAUAUCAACAGAAGUUUAUUUCAAAAGCUAUUUCGCUCAUCAGUACUUGACUCAUAGUUGUAUUUCAAUUAAUAUCAUGCAUGUUUGAGUAAUCCUGUAUUGUCCUGCAUUUGAGGCAUAAGAACUCAGAAAAUUGCAGUUUUCACCUACCCCCUAUCCCCACAAUUCUAGAUGCAUACACAAAUGUCCAAAACAGUGACACAAAAAAUACAUUUAAAACAUGUCAUUGAGAAUCUGCUGGUUGCUACAGUGAAAUUCCACUUUAAAAAGGCAGGUUCAGUUCUGUAAUUUUGAAUAAGAACUCAACAAAUCUGUUUCUGUUACCUAUACUUCAUUAAGGGUCAACAUUGCAGUUCAAUUAACAGAAUGUAGCAUAAUGAGCUCCGUAUGUGAUGGUUUAUUGCCAAAUAGUGUACCAGAAAAAGCAUUAUAUCUGUUCUUUCAUAUACAUUUUCUAUUACGCUGGCAGAUACAUUUAUGAGAAAAAGUCCAGCAAUUUAAUAAGUCUAUACUGCUCAGAUGAAUACUAAUGUUCCAAGAAAUCAAUAUGCCUUCGCUCUUACACUUUAAAAACUGUAUUACAAUCACACAAAUUGACCUUCCAAUAUUUGUGUACCAUAAUUAAGAAUAAAUCAGCAUUACAGUCGUUAUCAGUAUCACAGUUAGGUCAUGUUUAUGAAAUUUCAAAUCUAAAUCUUACACGGUUCCUUUAUUCUCGAGGGGCAGUUUAACAGAAAGACUGUGAGGUUGGGUAGGUACAAGUCAUAUUAACUUGUGUUGAUGCAAAUGAAUGUUACUCUGUGUUCUAAAAUGGCACAUAGUAAUAUAACCAGGACUAUUUAUAUUAAAUAGAAAACCUUCCUCUUACAUAAUUAAACUGUAUGGUACUGUGCUAAAACAGACUAUUACUCCAGAAAAAUAUUAUAGUUUGAACUGAUUUGACUUUUUGUUUCGCAAAUUUAAUUUCAAAAACUUACAUUUAAAAGUGCAAUUUUCUUACCCUAAUAAAUAUGGAAUUGCUUUACACAUAAUUUUUAAAUAUACUGGUAAAGUCAGAUAAUAUUUGCCUUUAUGCGCAAAACUACUCCAAAUGUAUAUGUUUGAAAGUGUAUCGUUGCUUUCCUAAAAGUGCACUGCGUAACUUUUCUGCUUGUCUCCAUUAAGAUAUUAUUACUUUGCCCUGGAAUGUUCCACAGUAUGGCAUUACACGCAUUUUACUUGCAUUUAUUUCAGUACAAGCUCAAAAACAACUUCAAAAUCAUGAAUUCUUACUGUAAGCAGGCUCGCCUCUCUACAGAUCUGACCCGUUUCUUGACAAACUGUGACUUGUUUGUAUCCAUGGAGAUAGAAAAGUUACACAGUGCAUCUUUAAUAUCACUAUGGUUUCUCUGCACACUCUUGCCUUGUGAUUACUGCUGCGUGUACAGUUAUUUGUGGUAAGACGUAUAAAAUAUGUAUAUUUAUAUCUGAACUAAUAAGAGCUGGUACUGGAUUUUAGUGUAAUAAACAUAGAUCUAUUUAUUUUGUAGAUUGAACAGAUUUAUUCAUGUUUAUUAGAGUUAAAUUAUAUAUCAUUUUGUCUGUACGGUCACUUUAAAAGGUUGUUGAACACUGUAUUUUCCUCAGAUAUACUGUAUGUAAAGUGUAGUACGCCCUCUAGACAGCAGAACUGUUGCUUUGAAAAUGUAAGCUUAAAUUUGUCACUGGGUAAAUUAUAAGAAUUAUUGCACUGGGGAAAAAUUAUAAAAAAUUACAAAAAUUACAAAACUUUUUUUUUUUUAUUAAAUUUUUUAUUGUCACUGUAAACAAACAAAACUGAAACGGUUACUUUAAUUCACAUAUUUUCAUACAAGUUUCAAUGCAUAAUUCUAUAGUUAUUCUGAGUUUUUAAAAUUUCUGUUUUAAAUUAAUUUUCAGUUUUUCAUGUUUUUUGUUUUGUUUUUUUACAUGUAAUUGUAUUUAUUUGAUCUUUUUGAUGAUAAAUUAUUAUUUGAAAUGUUAUCUGCUGUCUUCAUGGUGACUUUUACAUGUCAAGGUCAAAUGUCCAAAUCUCUGAAAUAACAUGCCUUCCUUCCAUUUUGUUGUGAAGUUAAUAUAUUUUUAUGUGUUUUUUUUUUUUUUGUGUGUCUCUUACGCACAUGUGUUUACAGAUUCACACAAUGCUCUCUGUUCACUGACACAUUGGGCUAACGGUCCAGUUUACUUGCACAUACUAACCUUAUUAAUGUGAAAUCCUGCCUUAAACUCUUUAAGUCCACAGUUGGUUUGGUUAAAAUAAUAUAUCUGUAUAUGUUUGGAAAUUAUCUAUUAAUCUAUUUAUCUGAUUAUCUGUACAGUGAUGUGGAAUAACAUGUACAGGCAAUAAAUAUUUUAAUAUUGA